AUGCGGCGCGGAGGUGAGCUUGGCGGCGAAUCUGCCGCGGGAGAAAGUGGGGGGGAGGGAUCGGGACCAUCAGGAGGGGGGGGUGUCGGCGGCGGAUCUGACGUCCCACAACAGGAGCCUCCUCUGCCCUUCGAUACCCCAACACCUCCCAGGAGAUUGGGAUAUGCCUUCCGCCAAGGAACAGCUGCGGGUACUCCAUCGGCGCCGGCGACGGGGCAGUUGAGGCGGAGGACUGAGGAUGCGGGAGAGGCCGGAGGGGGAUCGGCGCAGAACUGGCUGGUAGUGGCAGCGUCGGCGGCACCCCCUGGUCCGCCAGCAAUUGCGGAGGCGAAUGCACCUGCGCCGGGAGCGGCACGUGAGGCACAGGAGGAGGUGACACGGGAGGAGGCGGAGCCCGUGGCUGUCUCUGUUGCCGCUGUCGCUGGCGACGGCUCAGCUUCACCCUCUGCCACUGUUGCACAGCCACUGCCGGUGGAGCAGGGACUGGCGGCGGAUGAGAGACAGGCAGCGGAAGCGGCGAGGGCAGCACCUCUGACACCAGUGGCUGGGGCCGUGACAACUGCUGAGGCGGCGCAGGACGGAGGCUGGGCCGAGGAGGUGGCGGGCGAGGAGGGCGAGGAGGGCGGGGGAGAGGACUACAUCCCAUUGGCCAGCGAUGGAGGGGCGUCAGUGCUUGCAUCACCCAUCUACCCCCUGCUCCCGCUCUCUGUCUCACUUCCCCUUACAGUGCAGAGCGGGGAGGGCGAGCGAGAGGACUACAUCCUAUUGGCCAACGAUGGAGGGGCGUCAAUGCCCGCCUCAGCAGCAGCAGCGCCUGCUGUGGUGCACAAGCCGGCAGACACGGACUCACUGGCAGUGAAAGAGCGGUACAUUCACUGCAAGUGCGUGGCACGGCGCUUCCUCGCCCCCUCCAACAACACCCCCUCGACCGCGCUGCACCACCUCCGCACAGCAGUCGCCUCAUGCGAUGUGCCAUGUGUGAACAGCAGCACUCUCCCCUCGUACUGUGUAUUCCCCUCCCCGUUACUAUUUUUUCAACCUUCCCCCGUUUCCCCCUUCCCUCCUCCCCAUGCCAUCCCACCACCCACCCCUCAAUGCCACCACCCGUCCAUGCCACCAACCCACCAUCUUCCAGUAUGUGAAGCGCUGCUUCCUUGCCCACACCACCGACACCCCUUCGACGGCACUCCACCACCUGCGAGCAGCAGUCGCCUCCUGCGAUGUCCGCUCCGCCUUUCCGGCUCCUGCGACUAUGUGGAGCGCCGUUACCAAGCGCCCGCCACCGACAACACCUUGACCGCGCUGCACCACCUGCGAGCAGCAGUUGCCUCCUGUGACGUGCGCUCCGCCUUCCGCCUCCUCGUCACUGCGCCCGUGGACGUCAACGCUGACGUGGUCAGGGCCGUCGCCAGCACGGCGCCAGCUGGACCGGGGACCACAAGAGGCGGUGCGGGGAGAACGGGGCAGAGGCUGCUGCAUGUGGCGUGUGAGAGGGGCGACGAGGCGAUGGUGGAGCUGCUGCUGCUGUGGGGGGCGGUGGUGAAUGUGGUUGAUUCAGAGGGGAGGACGCCCAUGCAAGUGGCGCUGCAGCAUGGCAACCAUGGAUGCUCCAAGCUGCUUGCUAGCAGGUGCGUUGAAAGCACGUUUGAGGAUUCUCAAGAGUGA